AUGCUUCGCAAAUUUUCACACAUUUACUCGGUCAGAGCCUCGUCGAGUCUAUUAUCAACACUAGACGGGCUCACAAAUCGCACAACCGGCGAUAAGCUACUUGUGAGUUACUGUAAUUUUCGAAAGAUUGUUUUUUGACCGAAAACUAUCAUCUUACAGACAUACAGUGAGAAAUUCUCGAAAUUGUACGCCUCAUCGCCGCCCGAAACCCGAAAAUCGCUGUUUUUGGGUCUCGUCACGAAUUUCGGCGUCAACAAGGACGCCCUCAAUCAUGCGGUCUCGUUGUACACAAAGGUUUACACACAGAAAAAUGCUGAAAUUUGUAAAUAUUGUAAAGUUCAGAACGAUCAAAUGUACCCGGAAGUGAGGACGGCCGCCACGGCAACUUAUGUGAAUUUGAUAAAAUCGAUCGGAAAUUUACCCGGGGGCGUUAGUCAAGUUUGCGAAAUGAGAGCCAAUAUUUUGGUGAGAAUGUGGGCCUAAAAACCCGAAAAAUCCGCAACGACCAUUCUAGGCGCUUCUGAAACGAGAAACGGACAAACCGACGACCGCCCAGCUGCGGCACAUCGAAAUUGCGUGCCGGGAAGUGCUCACCUCGUGGUUCUGCCUCGGAAAUCUCAAAUUGGAGAGAUUAACGUGGGCGUCGCCGGGAGAUAUUCUCCAAAAAGUGGCCGAGUACGAGGCAGUCCAUCCCGUGAGAGGUUUAACGGACUUUCGCAAGAGAUUGGGACCGUUGAGGAGGUGAAAAUGCGAAAACGCCUGCCGAGGCCUGAACUUUUGACCCACUUGCAAUAAUCCGAUCAAACUCAAACUUUGAACUCUUCUUAAACUUGUAUUGAAGUUCAUAAUGAUCGGAUCGGUUUGAAACUUGGACCCAAUAUACUUCCAGCCAAGUCCAAGAAGCCUGAAAAGUUUGCGCCCGAUCGAAUCACGAGCAAGUGGGUCAAAAGUCUUUCCUCAUGUUUUUGAAUAAGCCAAAAAAACGUUUAAAAAUCAAAUAGAAUUUCAGAUGUUUCUAUUUCUCGCACGAAGCGCUGCCACGCAAUCCGCUCGUCAUGGUCCACGUGGCGUUGGUGGGCGAAAUUGCGGACAGUGUGCAGGAGAUAACGAAGAGAGGCGAGCCGAUGGGCCGAGAAGAGGAUCAGACGACCGCCAUCUAUUACUCGAUCACUUCCACGCAACCUGGCCUCUCGGGAAUCGACCUCGGCAACAUGCUCAUCAAAAAAGUGGCGAUUCAAUUGCAAAAAGACGUUCCUUCGGUGAAAAUCCACUCGACUUUAUCGCCGGUGCCGGGAUUCCGGCCCUGGUUGAUUAGGAAUUUGAAGGGAAAUUCCGAGUAUCGUAGGGAAAUUCUUUUGCAAACAAAAUUAAUAUUUAAAAAACGUUUUUCAGCUUCAAUUAUGGACGCAAAAGUGACGAAAUGGGUGUCGGAGCUCGCCGAGCAACCUCUGAGCCCGGAAAAAGCGACGGAGCACCUGCUGCAAGUGGUGAGCAACGAAAAAACGAAAAAAGAGCAACUGAACUCGAUUCGCCGGAUUUUGAUGUACGCGUGUGCGCACUAUUUGUGCAAAGCCAAACGGAACGGAAUGGCCAUCAAUUCUGUCGGUGAGAAAUUGCAAUUUUUAAGCCCAAAAAUCGGUAAUUUACAGCAAAUUUCCAUAUUCGUAACGGCGCCGAACUUUAUCGAUUGAAUUGGAGCGGCGACACGAGCCACCGCGGAAUCAACAACAGUUUUGGGAUAAUGGUCAAUUAUAGGUACGUCUUUGCAGAUUUAAACCAUUUAUUACCAUAUUUUUAGGUACGACCUCGAAAAAGUGCACGAAAACUCGGCGGCGUACACAGAACGCAAAGAAAUGGCGAUUGGCGAACAAGUGCUGAAGAUUUUCGAGUGA